AUGGCAAGCAUCAAGGUUGCCCUUGCUGGGGCUAGCGGGAAUCUCGGUCCUGCGGUGCUCAAGGAGCUGCUCAACGCAGGCUUUGACGUGACUAUUCUCACCCGACAGGGUAGCGACAAGACCUUUGACUCUCGUGCCCACGUCGCACAGGUGGAUUAUGAGUCCCUCGACUCGCUCAAGACCGCUCUGUCCGACCAGGACGCUGUAGUCAGCACUUUAAAUGUUGGCGCAGUUCCCAAGUCCAUCCAUCUGCGCUUGAUUGAUGCAGCCGUGGCAACUGGUGUUAAGCGGUUCAUCCCUUCGGAAUACGGCUGCGACUCCAAGAAUCCCCUCACUGCUAAAUUGCCUGUUUAUGGCGAUAAGAUUGCCGUUCAGGAGCAUCUCAACAACGUCGCUCAGCAAUCUGGGCUCAGCUACUCGCUGCUCAUUACUGGCCCCUUCCUCGACUGGGGUCUUAAGCAUGGCUUCGUGCUUAACCUUACUGGUCCGGCUACGCUAUAUGAUGGCGGUGAUCGCCGCUUUAGCGCAACCACUCUCGCCGGCAUCGGCAAGGGAGUUGUUGGAAUCAUCAACAACCUUGAAGCCACUAAGAACUCCACAAUUUAUAUCGAAGAGGCUAGGGUCACUCAGAAUGAGCUGCUGGAAUUGUCUGGCAAGAGCAUUGAGACGAAUGUUGUUAAGACCAUAGACCUGGAACAGGAAGCUUUUGCUGAACUGGCUAAGCCGGCCCCCAACCCGGUAAUCUUUGCUACUAAGUUCAUUCUACGGGCUAUCUUUGGUGAAGGAUUUGGUUCUCUUUUCGACUCUGAGAAGGUUUCUAACGAUUUGUUUGGACUGAAGACUCUGUCGAAGGAGGAACUCCGCGGUCUUAUCCCGCAGUGA